AUGUCCGGACUCCAAAUUUUCCUCUUUUCACUCAUUUUCGUCGCUCUCUUCCAAUCGAGCAAUUGCAAACCAUCCCAUCAUCACAAACGCGCAGUCCAAUCAUCAAGCUCGGAAGAAUCGAAAUCAGAAGAGAAUCAAAUCUCCCAGUUCAAAAUCGUUCACCCAAUCCCAACAAUUUACGACCGAAUGUGCUUCUUCUCGAGUCUCGGAUGUCUUUUGCCAAAAGGCGCUGAGGUCCCGAGAUUCCAUGUGAUUCGCUCUACAGAUGCCCAUCAACCGAGCAAACCCCGUCACAACCGUACUCACCAAAAAACCCGACGACGUGCUCCAGUUGACAGCCAGUUC